AUGAACCCUAUAAGAUUAUUCAACUUCCCAUAUGUUGUCCAAAGAGAAAUAAUGGACUCAAUGGAUCUCCAAACUAUAUUUAUUUUGUCCAUCUCCUCCAAAAGGAUGAACAAUUUGAUUGUAUCAGUGGAGAAGGCUCGUUUCAAUAAAAUCAAAUACAUUCUGUACGAUAUGAAUUUGGGAGCUUCGAUUGAAGCUGUCAAUUAUGAUCAUACUUCUGAAGUAAUUUUAACAAUGGACACAACGAUGGUUUUAGGGAUAUAUAAAAAAAAGAAACUCUACAUUUCGGAUACUCUUAUUGAACCCAAAUGGUAUAUUGCAAGAAGGACUAAGACUGCUUUUGCCGAUGAAGUAUUCGAAUCAGUUCAAAGACAUAGCUAUGGAUUGUUCGGGGACAACAAAGAAUGCAAACUGGACAUUAAUAUAUAA